GCACACCUUUCUCCUCUCAGCUGUGCGCGAGCCUGUGUGCUCUGAGUCAGUUUUGGUGCUCAGGCCAGUAAGAAUGUCUUCGAGCCGCUCAGGGAACGAUCACUUCAACCCCAUAAACGCCUCAUUAGGGGCAAAACGACCCCGGGCAGAGUCGGCCAACAAAGUGACCGUGGUGCUCGGAGCGCAGUGGGGAGAUGAAGGCAAGGGAAAAGUGGUGGAUUUGUUGGCCACGGAGUCUGACAUCGUCUGCAGAUGUCAGGGAGGAAAUAAUGCAGGCCAUACAGUAGUGGUCGAAGGGACAGAGUAUGACUUUCAUCUCCUUCCUAGUGGUAUCAUCAACACCAAAUGUAUAUCACUCAUUGGUAAUGGUGUAGUCAUUCAUCUUCCAGGCCUUUUUGAAGAGAUUGACAAAAAUGAGAAGAAAGGCUUGAAAGGAUGGGAGAAAAGACUUGUCAUCUCUGAUAGAGCUCACAUAGUUUUUGAUUUUCAUCAGGCUGUGGAUGGAAUGCAAGAAGUACAGAGACAAGCACAGGAAGGCAAGAACAUAGGAACGACCAAGAAAGGCAUUGGACCAACGUACGCAUGCAAGGCGUCCCGAACUGGAGUUCGCAUCUGUGACCUGUUAGCAGAUUUUAAAGAGUUUUCCACCAAGUUCAAAAACCUGGCACAGCAGUACCAGUCCAUGUAUCCGGCUCUUAAAGUGGAUGUUGAAGGCGAACUAAAAAAACUAAAGGACUAUGCAGAGAGAAUAAGACCCAUGGUGAGGGACGGAGUGUAUUUUAUGUAUGACGCUAUUCACGGACCCCUGAAGAAAAUUCUUGUGGAGGGGGCAAAUGCUGCCCUGCUGGACAUUGACUUUGGAACCUAUCCAUUUGUGACAUCAUCCAACUGCACCGUUGGUGGUGUGUGCACCGGCCUUGGCAUUCCACCAGCGAAUAUUGGAGAUGUGUAUGGGGUAUCAAAAGCCUACACCACUAGAGUGGGCAUUGGGGCCUUCCCAACAGAACAACUCAAUGCUAUAGGGGAGCUGUUACAGACACGAGGUCAUGAAGUUGGUGUUACGACAGGCAGGAAGAGGCGCUGCGGAUGGCUGGACCUGGUCAUCCUUAGAUAUGCUCACAUGAUCAAUGGCUUCACCGCAAUUGCUUUGACUAAGCUGGACAUUCUUGAUGUGCUUGAUGAGAUUAAAGUAGCUGUCGCUUACAAACUCAACGGCAGACGAAUUCCCCAUUUCCCAGCUAAUAUGGAGGUACUGCAGAAGGUUGAAGUGGAGUAUGAGACCUUGCCUGGCUGGAAGACAGAUACUUCAGCGGCCAGGAAGUGGAACGAUCUGCCCCCCAAAGCCCAGAACUACAUCCGCUUUGUGGAGAAUCACAUUGGUGUACCAAUUAAGUGGGUGGGCGUAGGCAAGUCCAGAGAAUGCAUGAUACAGAUGUUCUAAAGGGGCUGUCCUCCAGUGACGUCUGGAGUCCAUCAUCAACAUGCGAUCCUCUCAGGAAAUCCAUGACAAUUAUAUGAAUGUCACAGCAAAUGGAUUUGCAUUACCAAAUGCUGUGUUUAGAAACAAGACAAGUGGGAUUUUGCCUUAAUAGUUGACACUGAAAAUUAAUUAUUGUUAAUAAAUUAAUAAACAAGACCUGUCUCUUGAUAACAGAUGAUAUCAAGGCAUUA